AUGGGAAAAAAAGUUAUGAUAUUUGCCGGAGUCACGACUUUGCUGCAAGCAGUGAUACAAGUGAUAUUCAGUUCUGUGUCUCUAGCACAAUAUUUCUGUCUCAUAGAUUUUUUUCGAGAAUUGCCAAUCCUUCUUUUCAUAAAAAUAUUAUAUUUGCACAAUCCAAGCCAGUGUGGCAUUCGCAUUAAUAUAGGCAAUGCGAUAGAUGGCAUGGCAAACCAGGCUUUUAUAUUGAUGACUACAGAACCUUUAACUGUUACUCGCACAUUUCUCAUUAACUGUGUGAGCUUAGGUUUGGGCGCACUUUGGCUUCUCACUAGCGCCAUCUUAAUGACUGGUGGGGCAAAAAAUAAUCAUUCUAAGCCAAUACGGUGGCCUUGGAUUAUCGUGUCAGUAGCAGUAUGUGCUUUAGAUGUUGUUGCAACCGUCAUUUUUGCUAAUGACUCUUUUUAUACUAGAACUCUUAAUGACAUGUUAGACUAUAUAGGAGCAACAGGUAGUGGCACAGGCAGCAUUCAACUGGACACAUCAUAUGUGGCCUGGAUAAUGGUCAUCCUGUACUCACGUUUUGCUUUUUUCUUUCUCUUCAAUGUUCUACUUAUCGUGCUCGUGAUCCUUGACAGAGGUGGACACAUUAAAAGUGAUGUUGUCACUGUUGAAAACGCAUCCUUCUCUCAACCGCUACCUGCAUUAGUUACGCAAGUUACUACCCAAGACGCUGAAGUUCAAAGUUCUCCAAUAAAUACUCAUUCUCAAGUAACACUGCAAGAUGGAACGGACUGUAACUCUGUAACAGUAUCGGAACAAUUAGCUACAGAGACAAUGCAACAAAAUCAGAGAUCGAUGGUAGUAAAUUCAUCAGCCCUUUCAAAUAUAACUGAAGCUUCUCGAAGUACCAGGGAAACCGAAGACGGCAGUACUAGAGAAAAUGAGAGCCCAAAAAUCCCGCGUGCGGGUUUUAAUCGAGCCUUUCGAUCAUGGAAAAAAUUAUUAUUUGCGAAGGAAACCCCAACUCCGCGGAGAUUUUCUGUGACAGAGUCCCUAGAUCUAUCGCCUGAAAAAUCGCCACGUACACAUCAUGUAAAUGAUAAAAAGCGUACAGUGAAUUUUCCCGAGAAUUUACUCUCUUUACCUCAAAGGUUGGAGAACAUGAUAGCGGAGCAACAGCGUCGUUUAGACACUGCGGUGGUAGACACAGCGGGGCGGGCUUCUCCUCCGCGUGCUACACAGUCUUUACCUCAGCUGCACAGCAAUGAAACCACGCAAACUGCUAUGCCAAUUUUCAAUAAAGAAAGACGUGGAACUGCAGCAGAGUUACAAGGGCAGCUGCCAUGGGCAUACAUUCCCGCUUCAGCUCACCGUAUGCGAGACCAAUUACCUCCAGACGAAGAUUUGCCUCCGGUACCACUCCCUGAUUAUACUGCUAUUCCUACAUUUCGUAAAGCGUCCGUCCACCGCGCAGCAUCUAGCGUGAGCUCCUUGACGCAAAAAAGAAAUUAUUUCAUUUCUCAAAGUUCAAAGACCCCUCUUACACAAUCGGAUGUUUUGUAC